AUGCUUAUCCAAUCUGUAUACAGCGAUCCCUCUCCAGCCGCUUUGCUGGACUUCAUCGAAGAAAACCCGCUAGGGAUUUUCACGACGGGCAUCCCAUCGACAAACCACGCGCACCUGCACAGCAGUCACAUCCCGUGGGUGUUAGAUCGCCCUUCGGCCACCGAAUCGCCACUCAAGGUCAAGCUACGCGGCCACAUUGCGCGGGCAAAUCCACAAGCCAAGGCGAUGAUCGAGUCGCUCACCUGCUCGAAUUUGCCAUCGGGAUCGGCGCUAGAGCACGAUGUGCUCAUCCUCUUCAAUGGGCCCUACCACCACUACGUGCCACCGAAAUUUUAUGCGGAGACGGCCCCCGCGUCGGCCAAGGUAGCGGGGACGUGGAACUAUUCUGCCGUGCAGGUGUACGGGCGGGCGAGGGUCUUUUGUGACUCGAAGAGCCAAGAGACGGAUGAGUUUCUUAUGCGCCAGCUCUAUGCGCUUUCGGACCAAUCCGAGAGGAGGAUUAUGGGGUUCACGGGGGAGAAGGGAAGGGACGCUCCAUGGAAUAUUGAUGAUGUUCCGGCGAACUAUAUGAAUAUCUUGAAGAAAGGCAUUGUAGGGAUCGAGGUUGAGGUUGAUCGCAUUGAGGGCAAGUUCAAGAUGAGCCAGGAGAAGCCGAAGGGCGACAGGGAGGGUGUUAUCAGGGGGUUUGAAGAAUUGGGAACUGACGCGGCGGCUUACAUUGCGAGGGCUGUGAGGCAGUGGGGAGAGGUCAAGGAUACGGCGAAGAGGUAG